AUGUUGCAACUGCGCGCCUUCGAGAACUCGCUCCGCGGCGGUCCGGACAUCGACUCCCAUUCGCAGUCGACGCCGCGCAGCAAGCGCCAGCAGCUGCACAAAGCGUGCACGGGCGAGGCGCACGGCGCCGGCAUCGAGAAGUUGCGCCGCUGCUCGCUAGAGAGCCAGGGGGACCGCGGAGGGGGAGGGGGCAUCGGCGCCGAGGCGUCCAACCGGCUGCACGCCGCCGCGACGCUCGCGUCUGCCGCCAAGGCGGGCGCCGGCGACCGCGAGGACGAGUGCGAAGGCGUCCCCCCACCGCCGGGCACCGGUCUGGCCCGGUCAGCUGACGGCACGCGGCUCAGCGCCAGGAGAAAGAAGAGAAACCAGCGGGUCAGCGAGCACGUCGCCGGUCACGCCGCAGUCAUGGUGCGGACGUCGGAAGGGAAGGAGCGGCCGCGGGGCGCCGGCACGCCGGUGCUGGCCAGGGCCAGGGACGCCGCCGCCUCGGCGCACCACUCGUCCGAGAGCCUCGUGCAGAACAUCAAGGGCUGGUGCCGCGCCAAGCCGUCCGACAUCCUGGACAAGGGCUCGAGGGCCUGCCUCGACAAGGGCGCCAUGAGGGCCCGGAACGGGCGCCACUCGCCGGCCACCGAGUACGACGUGAAGGGGCACAGCGAAGCGGUGGGCAACAGGCUGGCCGGCGAGAACUUCCUCAACCUGUCCGCGGAGGACCUGACGGACAUCCUCGGCGGCGGGGCAGCGCACCACUCUGCCGACGAUCUCGCCGACCGGGACGAGACGGAUAGCGCGGAGCAGGUUGGAGGAGGCGACGCUAAGCAGUAUGCGGAGCAGAUGGUGCUGGAGGAAACUGCCGAUCAGGUGGUCACCGUGCGCAGCGAGAAACAGCCCUUUGUGGACCAGCUGGUGAUGGACGGGGAGGAGAAGGUGCCGGCUGAGGCGCUCAGGAUCCGGGUGGAAGUGACGCCCACAGAGCAAGUGACGGAGAUGGCCAGCACGGUAAUGGACGAAGGGGAGAAUGCGCCGCCUCCAGAGCAGAAACUCCCGGCGCCAGAGAAGAAAUCCUCGCCUCAGAAGAUCAAAGUGGAAGAGGGAAGGAAAACUGGAGUUGUCAGGAAGGUGUCUGUCCAGAGGAAGGACCACAAGCAAGGUGAAGUGGAAGCGAGGGUGGUGAAGGGCAGAUAUAAGCAGCAGCCACCGAGAGGAGUGCUGAAGUACAUGAAGGAGAAGAGCGGCAGUCUCUCCUCUGAUGUCGGGGGAGAGGACGCUAAAGUGGCGAACGGGGAUGACGGCCCACUGGCCAAAGAUGGCAGGCGCAAGAGCAUCGAGUCUUCGGAGGACACCAGAAAUGGACAGUCUCGCAGCGGCAGCGUUUCAUCGUCAGAGGACCCGGCUGCUAGAGUGACGAAGGGUGUCAACGGCCGGCUGUCGUCGGAGAACUUGAGCGGCAGGAAUGGCGCGCGGCGCAACAGCCGCCAGAGCUCCACGGAGGACGUGUCACCGAAGAAGGGCCAGCAGCUGUCCUCGGAGGACGUGACCAAAAGGGCGAGUCCGCGGACCAGGGGUGGGCCGGAGCAGAAGGCGUCUCCGCGCGCCAAGGUGACGCCGCCCGCCCGAAAGCCCCCGGCGGCGGCGGCUGCGGUGCGAGGCGCCCGCGCGGGGGCCGCCUCCAAGACGACGACGCCCCCGGGGGCAGGCACCGCCGCCCCCAGGAGGCCGCCGGGGCGCAGGGCGGCGGCGGCGGAGGCCGUUCCGUGGGAGGAGCUGGAGAGGCGCGCGCUCGCCCGCAAGCCGUGCGUGGGCGCCGACUACAAGGACAUCGACGCCCUGCUCGCGGAGGCGCGCUCCGAGGAGCAGGUGUCGGCGUGGCUGCAGUCUGCCGAGCACGUGUGGCUGGUGCACCGCGCCGGCUUUUCGGCCGCCCGCCGCUGCCCCACGCCCGCCGACAGCGACUCCGACGGCGACGCCGCCACCUCGGGCAAGCUGCGCAUCUGCCUCGACGCCACCGGCGACACGCUGCUCGUCGACGAAGACGACGUCGAGAAGGCAAACCCUCCUCAGUUUGACAGAGCUGAGGACCUGGCUCACCUCCGCUACCUCAACGAAUCGAGUGUGCUUCACACGUUACGUCAGAGAUAUGCCAGUAACCUCAUUCACACCUAUGCUGGUCCUGCAAUGGUUGUCAUCAAUCCCAUGGCACCACUUGCUAUCUACUCUGAAAAGGUUGUACAAAUGUUCCGUGGCUGCAAGUCAGAAGACAUGCCUCCACACAUUUACUCCCUUGCACAGUCAGCAUACAGGAGCAUGUUGGCAUCUCGUCGCGACCAGUCCAUUGUCCUUUUGGGUCGCAGUGGCUCUGGAAAGACGACAAGUUUCCGACACAUACUUCACUACCUCGCCCUGGCUGCAGGGACUGUCAAUAAAGUGGCUACAGUUGAAAAGUUGAGUGCCAUAUCAUCAGUAAUGGAAGCAUUUGGAAAUGCAAGGACUGUAAUGAAUGCAAAUGCUACACGAUUUACGCAGAUUUUCAGCUUGGAUUUUGACCAGUCAGGACAGAUAGCAUCUGCUUCAAUACAGGUGUUACUGGCAGAGAGAAGUCGUGUAGUACAUCGACCAGAAGGAGAACCAACAUUUCAUAUUUUCUACCGCAUGUUGGCUGGAGUGGAAGGUCCUUUACGGAAGGAAUUGUAUCUUGAUUCUAGUCUCUCUGAACAUAAUUUGUUCAUGACCCCACUACAUAAGCAUGAAGAUAAGCAACGAGCAAUGCAAGAGUUUAUUCGUGUAUGUACAGCAAUGAAAACACUCGGUAUCACAGACGCUGAAGCCAAAAUUAUAUGGUCAGUUCUUGCUGCCAUAUAUCACUUGGGAGUAGCAGGUGCAGUUAAGGGUGGUAAUGGUGGUCGCUGGCAGUUUGGAAACCCACGAGCGGCACAACACGCUGCUAGGUUGCUGGGAACCUCAGCGGAGGAGCUGGGACGACUGCUGUUUGGUCAGGGGACGCCACCCACACCACGGCAGCCUUUCCGUACACCAUCACCCACCGAGAGGGAUGUGACAGGCAUUGAAGCUCUUGAAGGUCUCGUAACGGGGCUGUACGGAGAAGUCUUCAAUGCUGUUGCGGCACUUGUAAAUAGGUCAAUAUCAGCUUCAACGCAUACGGUGUCAUCCAUAGUACUGGUAGACUGCCCAGGCUUUCAAAACCCUGCAUCUUGUGGCCAUCAGGGUGGAGCGACAUUUGAAGACUUGUGCCACAAUUACCUUCAAGAAAGACUGCAACUGUUGUUCCAUCAUACCACAUUAGUUGCUCCUCGUGAUCGAUAUGCUCAGGAACACAUAGAGUGUGUGCUGGAGGAUGAAGGGGAAUCGGGCUCCCCAGCACCCAUGGUGUCUCUGCUGGACAGAGCAUCACAGAGUGCCAUGGUCCGGUCCUCUCAGACAGACCUCCGCAAUGCAGGAGACCGCAGGGGCCUGCUGUGGUUGCUGGAUGAGGAGGCAGUCUUUCCAGCAGCCAGUGAUGAAGGCUUUCUGGAGAGACUCCUGGCGCAUUAUGGAGACAGAGAACACCAGCUGCUGUUGCGCAAAGCUCCUGGACACAACCAGUUUGUCUUGCAGCAUUUACAGGGCACAAAUCCUGUACUAUAUACAGCAACUGGUUGGCUCAAAGCAUCUCGAGAAAAUCCGAUGGUUCGAAAUGCUGCCACACUGCUCCAGGAGUCUUCCAAGGAAGAAAUGAGCCAGCUGUUUGUGAGUAUCCGUGGCACCGGAGUUUCAAGCACGCUGGGUGGCUCAGUUGUGGGAAUUGAAGGCACACAGUCACUAAGGAGAGCAUCAAGCAUACGCAGAACAUUCACAGCUGGAGCUGCGGGUAUCAAACGAAAAUCCGUUUGCCUGCAAGUCAAGUUCACUGUGGAUGGCCUUGUUGAAACACUACGAAGGACUCGGCUGAAGUUUGUGCACUGUUUCUUGCCCCAACAUAAUGCUGGGCUUUCUGAUGCAAAGUCUCAGCUGCCACGUUCUGGCAGCACAGGGAAUGCUGAGGAUCUUGUUAUCAAUGUACCAUUGCUCAGGUCUCAGCUGCGAGGAGCGCAGCUGGUGGAGGCAGUGCGCCUGCACAAGCAGGGCUUCCCCAAGUUCCUGCCCCUCUCGGAGUUCCGCCGGAGGUUCCGCCUGCUGGCUCCCCCUGAGGCAAGGCCCACCAGCCCUGUACCAGAUGAGAGGCGAGCAGUCGAAGAGAUGCUGCUCGGCAUCGACACCGACCCCUCCGGGUACCGCGUCGGGCUCAGUCAGAUAUUCUUCCGUUCUGGUGUUCUUGCACAAUUGGAGGCUCAGCGAGACGAACGGCUGACUGACCAUGUUGUGAGGCUACAAGCACAGUGCCGAGGAUAUUUAGCUCGGCGCAAGCUUCAUAAGCUCAAGAUCCAGGACCUGGCAGUGCGCUGCAUACAGCGCAAUGUUCGCAAGUUUCUGUUGAUCCGUGAUUGGCCAUGGUGGCGACUUCUGGUCCGAGUCACUCCCCUUCUCAAUGUACACCGCACUGAAGAAGAACUGAGAGCUAAGACGGAGGAACUGGAAGCCCUCCGAGCAAAAGUAGAGAAGUUGGAACAGGAACGCACUCACUUAAAACACGAUACAGAUCGUCUAGAAGCAAAGCUGAGUGAAAUGACAGCAGACCUGGCUGAAGAGCACUCAACAGCAACACUUGCUACAGAGCGUUUGGAAGCAGAAACUGCUGAACGUCUGCGACUUGAGAAAGAACUUUCAGAAGUCCAGUAUCAGAAGCAGAAUCUGCAGCAGACUUCAGAGCGACUGGAAAUGGAAUUGCUGUGUAUGCGAUCUGCAGCUGAGGUGAACGGCUUGGGAUCGGAUGAUGAGGGUGAAGGGGAGGACUCAUCGGGAAGUGUGUACAAGCAGCGCUAUGAGCGGGCUGUGCGUGAACUGGAGUUUACACGCCGUCGCCUGCAACAGCAACAUGAAGAUGACCUUGAGCAGCUUGUUGCACUUAAGAAACAAUUGGAGAAAAAGUUGGCAGAUGCUUAUGAGGAAGUGGAAGAACAGAGGCAAGUUGUCGGACAAUGGAAGAGGAAAGUGCAGAAGCUGAAUGCAGAAAUGAGCGACCUCCGUCUUUUGCUAGAGGAACAGAAUUCUCGGAACAAUCUUCUGGAGAAAAAGCAGCGCAAGUUUGACUCCGAACUUCAGUUGCUUCAGGAUGAACUACGACAAGAAAAGCAGCAGAAGGAGCGUAUUUCACGUGAAAAAGAUUUGGCCAUUGCAGAAAAGUAUUCUCUCGAGCAGGAUCUAAGUGGUGUGCGGCUGGAAUUGGAACUCAAAGAAGAAAAGGUUUCAGCUCUUACACAGGAAUUAGAUGAACUUACUUUUGGAGGCAAGACUGAAGAGGAGGUUGCUCAGCUCAAGAAGGCAAAACAUGAAUUGGAGAAACGGCUGAAGGAACAGGAGGAGGAACUCGAUGAGCUUGCUGGCCAAGUUCAGUUGUUGGAGCAGGCAAAACUUCGGCUAGAGAUGAGCUUGGAGCAGCAGCGCAAAGAAAGUCGGAGAGAAGCCGCCCAGCGGGAUGAAGAGCUCGAGGAUGCUCGGUGUGCAGCACAUAAGAAAGUCAAAGCACUGGAAGCCCAGUUAGAAUCAGAACACGAGGAACGUACCGCUCUCCUGAGGGAACGACAUGAACUGGAGAGGCGGUUAGCAGCUGCCGAAGAAAUGGCUCGCGCCGGUCGCAGUCAGGAAGAGGAGCAGCUGCAGCGACUGCGGCGUGACCUUCGCAGGACUAAGGCCCUCUUGCGGGAUGCACAGGCGGCGCUUGAGAGGGCGAGGGCAGACUCUCCGGGCAAAGCUCUUGUUAGACAGCUUCGAAACCAGUUGGAAGAUCUGGAGGUGGCCCGAGCGGCAGCAGUGAAGGCGCGUCAGACGGCUGAGCUGGAGCUGAGUGAGGUUCAGGCUAUGCUCGAGGAAGCACAGAGGUCUCGCUCUGAGGCAGAGGAUAGAGCGGCAGCCGUUGCAAGGGAACGUUCGGAGCUGAGGACGCAGUUGGAAGAGAAUGAAGAAGAGCUGGCAGAGGUCCUAAAGAAGUACCGUUCGACAGUUCAGCAAUUAUCUGCAGAGCAGCUAGCACUCCAGGAGCAGGCAGGUCGUGUCUCAGAACUGGAAUCUGAAAGAGCUUCACUUCGUGAACAGCUUGCAGAACUGACUACUCGUCUUGAGAGCAUGGAGACCCUGGGUGAUCCAUCGUCAAGCCUAACACAACGUCGUCUUGAAAUGCGCACCAAGGAGCUGGAGUCAAAACUUGAGUUGGAACAAACUACACGUGCUCGCUUAGAGGUCCAAAUAGCACGACUGAAGGAAGCAGUUGAAAGACUUCAGGAUGAGGCGGCGGCAGCACGUGCAAAGGAGCAGGCGGCAGUAGAUGCGUCCCGUAAGCUGCAGCGUACUGUUCGUGAACUACGUGAGGAACAAACGGCGGCGGCAGCUCGUGAAUCCGAAUGGGCCGUACGUAAGCGUGACCUCGAAAAGCGGCUGGAGGCUUCUGAAGCAGAAGCAGCUGCUGCACGUCAGGAUCUCCGACUGGCACUUACUCGAAUAGAGGAUCUCCAGUCAGCAAUUCGUGGGGAACUUGAAGAUGGAGAAGACAGCAAUGAUGAUGAAAAUUCUGACAGUGCUCAAGACAGUGAUGUUUCAGAAGAUUCCAUGAGUGUGUACCUCACAAACCAUAAAGUCCACGUCAACUCCAGCCCUCGUACAACUCGAGCGUCACUGGAAUUGGAUAUUACUUCAAGAUCACUGGAGGUGGCUUCACUGAAAAAGCCGAACGACAGCUCAGGGAAGGAAUCGUUUGCAUGAGACUGUCUGAACAUAGCCUGCUGUGUUGUCAGCAGCUGGCUACCACGAUGAGCCCCAUUCAUAGGAGAAUGGACUCAGUGGGGGGGCAGCCUGUCGCAGAUGGCUCCCAUACCACAUUUCUGAGACUGGACUGAGUACAAUAAACUGCAGGAUAUACUGUAACAAUUUGAACAUAAUAUAUAGAUUUUAGUACAAUAAAUUAUUGUUUGCUCUCUAUUAGCAAAGAUAUGUAAUGAAUUGUAUAAAUAUGUAAAAUUAAAAGCAACUUUGGGCUAAUAUAUAAAUAUAUAUAUAUGUAUAUCUUUGUAUACUGCUGCAUACCUUCCCAAUAUAUUUCUUAAAGUCUUUAGAAAUUCCUAUGUGUCAUUGUUAGUUUCCUGAAAGAAAACCUUGACUGUUAUGUUCAGCAUUUAAAACUGUUAUUGGGAAAUAAUUGUUUUAGUAUAUUUAUAUGUUACUGCAUUUCCAAUAAUAUAAUAAUUGUGUUUCUUAUGGAAAUGUGAACAUACUUUCAUUGCCAUCGAUUUCAUUCCUGAGAAAGUGAAGUAUUUGCCAAUAAAUGUUUUAUAAAUAACAUGUCUUUGUUGCUUAAAUAUUUGUCAGAAAUGAUUUUUAAAGACCUAUGUACAGUGUCUCAUUGUUGAUUGGACAUGUGGAGAGAAAAUGUAUAAUACCUAUAUAUUUAUAUGAAUAUGGCAAUCAAAUGGUGGCUUGAUGAUAAAUUUUGAGGAAGCUGAAAAAAGUUAGCAAGACAGCAGAACAAAAUGGCAAACAGAAAUUGCACAAAUAAUUGUGAAACAUGCAAAAACAGAGGCACAUCCAAUUUGUUUACUGACUGUUAUGGUCAUACACUCAUUCCACUGCCAUCCUUUUACAAAAUUAUUUGAAGAUAUUUGAGUUUCGUGACUAUUUUGAAUAUUGCAAGAUUAAAAAUAUAACUACUGGCAA